AUGGGCGUCCUUAUUGAUUUUGAAACGCCUUUAGACCCACAAACUGACUGGGGCAUAACACGACAAGGAGUUGACAUCAGCCACACCGGCACCAUUCACCAAACCGACAACCACCGAUUCGACGGUACCGCUUCAGCUGCCAAGUACUUCCCGUCACACGGGCUCAGGCCCGACCAGGUUGGUGGCCGCUUGGACUACACGCACACCCCUUCUGGUUCCGGAGCUUUCAUCCAAGCCGACAGGACGCGCAAUUAUGGUACUGACGUUGCUGCAGGUGGCAAAUACAACAUCUACACCAGCCCGAAGAAGGACUUCGGAGUCGACGCUACUGCUCAGUACCAGAGGCAUUUCGGUGGUCCAGGGGGAGCUGGACGCCCUGAAGCUGGGGUCUUUUUGAAUGCUCAUGCAGACAUCUGAGCAUAAGUCGUAUUUAAUUUUCAUUUCUCAUGUUUUGUCACCAUAAUUCAAUAAAAUCAUAGAAUGUUAUUCAUUGCUAUCGUUUCAAUA